AUGACGGACAUAAUACUCGGGAGGGAGGCGAGAUGGCACGGCCAACAGCGGCCGUCAGUGAUUGGCUGGGUGCCCAAAUUAGUACCCAAUAAGAUACUGCAAGACGCAAGACAAGGCCAACCCGCCAGCGUCGCCCCGAAGAAAAAAAAACGAAAUCAUCAAAAGCGCAAAGAAAAAGAGACUUGGGGUGCCACCUGCCAGACUACCCAUCCAUCCAUCCACCCACCUAGCCGCACGCCCCCCGUCCCGUCCGCCCUCGUCCACACACCACCACGUCUGGCACACCACCAGCAACACAACAGCACCAGAAACGAGUUCACUAGUCGAGUGAACCCUGCGAGCCUCGCCGCGCUCGCUCGUUUUCCUUCUCUCUUGGGUCUAAUCUAUCUCGCUGGCUCGCGCCUUCACCCGUCGCCAGCCCUCUGUCAUGUCGUGGAGUCCCAGACAGGCCGCUGCGUGGAGCCAUGGGACUAUACUGAACUGCUAGUUACCACCACCCAUCACCAAACAAGUGCGACCGCUACCUUAGUACCCAGGCCCAGGCCGGCUGGUCUCACCCUCUUGUCGUCCGGCGGCCUCGUUGCUUCGCGUCCUGAAGCAAGCAUCCCCAACACCCAGCCCGCUUUCCAGUCUCCUAUCUUUUGCGACAAUCUCUCCCCGCCGCAUCUUAUCGACGACGAAAUUUUGGCUCAACCCCCCCUCGCGUCUCUACCGCUCUCGUGGCAUCUCACUCUCGUCUUCCAAGACGCCAUUUUCGCAGUCUUGAAAAAAGGACCAUCCUGCUUCACCAGUCAGGCCCUCCUCUUCUACCGCGCGGCGCUGCACCAAAGCGAGACAUCUCGCUGCUGGUACAAAGACUGGCGUACAAGUGCCACCACAUCACACUACUGUGUGACUCUCCCUACUAGUACCUCUGUCGCUUUGCUUCACAAGUGUGACCUCGACACUCUAGUACUUGCGCUGUCUCGCCUUCACAAACCUGCCUCUCCCAUCCCCCCCAUUCCAACUCGACACUAUAUAUCUACGGCUCUUCUGCCUCUCCCACCAGCCGCUCCUCCCUUUGUCAUUCUCAUAUACACCGGACUUGCCCUUGCCGAUACCACCUUCAUAUACUUUCACCGGCAAUAG